AUGCGACAGAAGUUGCGGCGGCACACUGUGGCUGGUGGUGGUGGCAGAAAUCAUUGCGGUGUACUAUGGUUGGUGGCGGCGGCGAUUAUGACAGCGUUUUAUGUGUUAACAAUGGCGGCGGUAUGCUGUGGCUGGUGGCUAAUGUUGCAACGGCUAGGAUAUAAUGAAAACGGCGGCGCCUUAUAUUGUGGCGUCAAUACGGACUGUUGUACAUUGCUGUGCGGCGGCAUAUCAUACUGUGGCGUCAUGUAUGGCGGCGUCUUGUCUUGCAGCACGUUAUGCGGCGGUGUAUCACGUCGUGGCGUUCAAUCUAACAUGUUAUACGGUGGCGUCUCGUGUUGCGGUGUCAUUACAUCGUAUUGUACGGCGUUCUGUGGUGAAGCGGUGUUUCGUGUAGCAACGUUCUAUCUUGUAGAAUUCUUGCGGCGAGUUGUACAAUGA